AUGGCUCAGAAGUCUAAGAAGGUAUUUUUUUUUAAUGUGUAAAAGUAUUAUCUAGUACGCCUUAAUAACGUGACUACUGACCUAUACCAUGAACAUUAACAUCUAUUUAUGGCCAGGUGACCGUUAUAUACAGGGUGGCCGCUUUAUAAAGGUACAGAAAAUAUAAGGCCAAAUUAAAUUGUGGGGAAUUUGUUCUGUGUCCGUAAUACACAAGGUGAAAGCUACAUACAGGGCCCUUAUACACAGGUUUGACUGUAUAUUAGAAAGCAUGCAUUCUUUUGCUUUCCUUACAAUUAUGUACUAGAUGAACACCCCACAACACUAGGGGAGAAUAACUUUGGCUAAAAGUAGGAUUAGUUUAUAAUCAUCAAUUUUUCAGAAAUUACGUCCAAGAAAAAAAUAUGUAAAUUAAAUUUAUACAUGAAUGAAUGAAUACGUAAUAAAUAUUACUGUUAGAUAACAGGUUUGGGAUUCUUUUAUAAGGGCUUGAUGGUUGAUAUGUGGCCGCAGGUACUCAAAAUAUUAUUGUUUUAGUAACUACACCAUUCUGUUUGUGAUGUGGUUUGUUUACUGCCCUAGUAAGGUUUUCAAGUCUUAAAAUAACAACAUGAGGUUUUAAUUAUCUUUGAAAGCUCAAUGAUGUUUACUUUUCAGGUUCCACUUGGCAUCAUGUUCAAAAAUGAGAAUAACAAUGAGGACAUGGUGUCCACCAUGCAGCAAUUUUUUUCCUACCUUCCAAAAACUGGUGAUGGUGGUGUUGAUGGUCAGCUAUUCUCCGGUGACCAACUAACAGUCGAAAGGGCAGUUAAUGUCAUUUCCUCUGUGGCAAAUGGUCUUACUCCACAGGAUCGUUUGGAAGGCAUUAACCUUCAGUUGGGUGACUGGCAAGCAGCCUUGAAAGUUCUCAGUGUAAGUACCACAAAUAUUAAUAGCUAGUUAGGGCAAUAAAUUAUUAGCUUAAAUUAACUUUGUCAAAUGAGUGUCUUUUUUUAGGCAAGUUUGUUCUGACUGGGGUUCCUACCUCCCCAGAUUGUCUUAACUCAGGCAUUAAAAGAUGAGAAGAUUCUUAAUAGCAGUGAUAAUAAUGAAAGGCAUUCUGAUCUUUGCUAUAUUAACUUAUAAAUUAUUAUUGGAAUUUCCCCCUAUCUUUACCUGACACCUAUCAAACCAACAAGUACUCAUCAUUUUCAACAGUUUUAGCUGUUUUUUCAACAGCUAAUAUACUCCAGACUCUUCAGGUGGCAAGUCAGAUUCCGAUCUCUGCACCCCUUUCUCAGACCGCACACUUAUCAACAGGAGGAACGUAACAGGUGAUCCUCAUUCUUCUUACCGAACAAACAGGGACUUUCUCCAUAUCAUUUUCCAUUCACAAGUGAUCACAGCUGCAAUGACAGUGUUGGGAUUUGCUGACAAAUCAAGUGCCCCAGCACACUACCCUCUACUAAAAGACAUGGAGAAAAUGAGAAAAGCCGAGAAACUUGAGUUCCUCCAUACAAUCUCUGAAAAGGUGGUUGAUUCUUUCAUUUUCCAGUCGGGUGAAGAAUUGCAAAAACUAGUGGAUGGAGUUUUGACUGAAGAGGAGAAAGAUAUUUUGCAGCAGCAAGAACUUACCGCCGAGGGGAGAUUUCCCUGCAGAUUCCCAGGGUGCAACAAGUCCUUCAAGUACAAUGGCAAAACAAGAAGCAACCAUGAACUGUCCCAUGAUCCACCUGUUCAGUUUGAUGAUUCUUUGUUACUGACCCAAUCUUCACCUGGACGACAGCCCCUCCAGAAGAGACCAAAGCAGGUGAUGAUGUGUCCAACUAUAACUGUGCACUUCGGACAGAUUGCUUUUUAUUUUUCAAUUUUCUUGAUGUAA